AUGUCUUUCGUGUCUGUUCGUUUUCUUAUGCUUCGUUGCUCUAGUAACUUGAGCUAUUUUUCAGGAAGUUUAACACCGGGAGUUCCCGGGGGUUUUCGCAGUUUUUCUUCCGUUUUGGAAGAAAAGACAAAGUAUUCUGUCAUUGAUUUGGCAUUGAACUCGGUUGUGAAAGUCUUUUGCCGCUCUACCAAGUCUAGCGUUUUACAACCAUGGCAGAAAAGGCUGCCGCAAAGAUCGACUGGUUCAGGAUUUGUAAUCUCGGGAAAUAAGGUUCUUACAAACGCUCAUGUAGUGGCCGAUCACACAUUUGUCCAAGUAAGAAAGCAUGGCUUACCAACAAAGUACACAGCAAAAGUUCAAGCAAUUGGGCAUGAAUGUGAUUUAGCCAUUUUGGUAAUCAAUAGCAAAAAGUUUUGGAAGGAUAUGAAGCCCUUGGACCUCGGGGACGUACCCGCUCUACACGAAACUGUGUCUGUUGUUGGAUAUCCUCAAGGUGGUGACAACAUUUCCAUUACCAAAGGUGUUGUCUCUAGAGUUGAAGUUACAAAAUAUAGUCAUAGUGGAGCUAAGCUAAUGACAACACAAAUAGAUGCCGCUAUUAAUCCCGGAAAUAGCGGUGGUCCAGUAUUCAUGGAAAACAAAGUCGUUGGUGUAGCAUUUCAAGGUCAUUCACGGUCACAAAAUACAGGCUACAUAAUCCCAACUCCAGUAGUUAAUCAUUUCAUAACUGGUGUUGAAGAAAACGGUCAAUUCGUUGGGUUUUGCUCACUGGGUAUAUCAUGUCAGCAUAUGGAGAGUACUCAUUUCCGUAAGCACUUUAGAAUGCGCCCUAAAAUGACCGGGAUUCGAAUAAGAAAAAUAAACCCGUGGUCGAGUGCUUACGGUAUUCUGAAAAUGGAUGAUGUUCUUCUCGCAAUUGAUGGUGUUUCUAUAGGAAAUGAUGAGACAGUUGUUUUUCGGAAGAAGGAACGAAUAAAUUACAAUCAUUUGGUUUCUAUGAAGAAACCAGGUGAAACAACGUCACUCAUAGUCUUAAGAGAAGGAAAAAAACAUGAAUUUAAUAUCAAUAUAACACCCGUGGAAUCGCUAAUACCAGUAUAUCAAUUUGAUAAGCUUCCAAGCUAUUACAUUUACGCAGGGUUUGUCUUUUUGCCUCUCACUAAACCCUACAUGGAUUGUUCUUACAUGAGCGAUUGUUUAUUGAAUCAUAUGCCCAAAAAACCCGGUGAACAAAUCGUCGUGAUCUCUCAGGUGUUAGAAGCUGACAUCAAUGUAGGAUACGGCGCCGAUUUAACAGAUUUGAAGGUGAAGAGAGUGAACGGAGUGCAAGUAGAGAAUCUGAAACAUCUACGUAAGCUCAUAGAAGAAUGCUCCACCAAAGAUUUGAGGCUGGACUUAGAAGGUGACUUUGCUAUCACCCUCAACCAAAAUGAUGCCAAAAACGUCACUUCUAAAAUUUUAAAACGUUACGGAAUACCAUCGGCCAUGUCUAAGGACCUUCGAUCUUAA